AUGUCACCACGAAACAAUCGAGAAGAAAUCCUUGUCGGGCUUCGCAAGUCAAUUGAUAGUGGCCAGAUCAUCGUGGGCGCAGGCGCAGGCAUUGGUCUCAGCGCGAAGUUCAUUGAGCAAGGUGGCGGUGAUUUGAUCAUCAUCUAUAACAGCGGACGAUACCGGAUGGCGGGAAGAGGCUCACUUGCUGGCCUCAUGCCGUACGGCAACGCAAACGAUGUUGUGCUUGAGAUGGCUGGCGAGGUUCUUCCGAUAGUUCAGAAAACGCCAGUACUGGCAGGAAUAUGUGCAACAGACCCCUUUCGCUCAAUAAACAAGUUUCUGGUGCAACUCAAAGACCUUGGUUUCGCAGGCGUUCAGAACUUCCCCACAGUCGGCCUCAUUGAUGGAACGUUCCGGCAAAAUCUUGAAGAAACAGGGAUGAGUUACGACGCAGAGGUCGAAGUCAUGCGAGAAGCCCGUCGAAUGGACCUUCUCACUACACCAUACGUAUUCAAUGUCGAGGAAGCCAAGAAGAUGGCAGAUGCAGGUGCAGACAUCUUAGUGGCGCACAUGGGUCUUACGACAUCUGGUAGCAUUGGUGCGACGAGCGGAAAGAGCCUGGAUGAUUGCGUGAAGUUGAUUCAAGAAAUCAGAGACGCUGCAGUGAAGAUCAAAGACGAUGUUAUUGUCUUGUGCCAUGGGGGUCCUAUUGCGAAGCCAGAGGAUGCGGAAUAUGUCAUCAGCAGAACGAGAGGAGUGCAUGGCUUCUACGGUGCAAGCUCGAUGGAGAGAUUGCCGGUCGAGGAAGCAAUCACGAACAUCACAAAGACGUUCAAAAAUAUCAAGCCUGGUUCGCUGACAUGA